CCUGACGGUUUCCAUGGAAGCCCAUUUAGCGUAUUUAGACUACAGUCAUGAAAUGAUGAAACUGUGUACGUACAGUUUAUAAUGCACUGAUAAUUACACAUUUAUAAAGUAUUUAUUAAUGAUAAUCGCAGCGGUUUUCCGGCACAAUGAACCGCUUCAGUCCCUCCGUCCCCGCUGAAGAAUACCUCGCGGACAGUAACGUGUUGUUCUACCUGAGUGAUGCUGUGACUCAGCUGCUGGAGCAUAAAGAGGAGUACACCCAGUUCGGGGUGAUCCGGUACUUCGCUGAAUAUUUCAGCAGCGUGAAGAACAGCAACCACGUCCUCUUCAGGGAGUUUAACUACAUCAGAGCGACUCCUCAUAACAGAGCUUCCUUCAUCAGAGUCUUCUGGAGAUGCUACAGACAGAUCGGGAAGAGCGGAGAUUUACUGUCCAUGCUGGAGUAUCGGUCUCUGCUGCAGCUGCUGUGUCCAGACUUCCCAGUGGAAGUGGUGCAGAGUGCAGCAAGGAUUGUUCUGAUGGACGACGCCAUCGACUGUCUGAUGUCUUUCUCUGACUUCCUUUACGCCUUCCAGCUGCAGUUCUACUACCAAGAGUUCCUGGACAGUGUUCUGGUGAUCUACCAGGACCUGUUGGCGGGGAAGAGUCCGAACACCGUCAUCGUCCCGACGUCCACCUCCAUCGAGCAGCUUCCGUCCGUGGCGGCGGAGGAGAACGACAAGGAGGAGCAGCAGCAGGACGGCGUGGAGCCGAGCAUGCUGGCUCAGUGCGUGGACGACCUGUGCGACCGCUUCAAGCACAGUUUCCCCUCCAGGUCGUGCAUGAGGGAAAUCCUGGAGCAGACUGAGAAAGUCUCGUACUACAGCUUCCUCAUGAGUCUGGCUAAACACGAAACCAUCAACCAGACUAUCGCUGUAGAACCUCCAUCACCUUCGCAAAGCUCUAACAGCAGAAACACUUUGGUCUCGUUGGGUAAAGCGUCUCGGUGCAGACUCUCCAGAUUCGAGCAGUCGACGCACAGGAAGCUGAAAGUGGACACGGUUGGACACGACUGCACAGUGAACCACCCUCCACCAUCACACUCUGAAUUGCACGGCGUCCUUCGGGCCUCGGCGUGA